AUGGCUACUGAAGCUGAUCAUCAAAUGAACGUCACAUAUAAUCUCCAAGAUAUCAGUCCUACCUUUCUAUCUCAAAAAUAUGCGAAAAGAUAUCAAAAGUACAAAAACAGUGAGAGAGCUCUUUCAAAAUAUGAAGGCAAUUUAUUCGUUUCCUCUCUACCAGUUCAGCUGGACCAUGUCGAUCAAUAUUAUUAUGAUGACGUCAUCAAAAAAAUGAUGCCAAAGAAAUUCCCACUGAAAUCGACAAGCCUUCAGAAUUCACACAUCCAGUCUAAGAGCACCUUUCCAUUUUCAUCCUAUUGUUGUUGUUGUUGUUGCUGCCGUGAUUGUUGCCGUACUCAUACUCAGAAUAAUGAUAAUAAUAAUAUCAAUAGUCAUAAUGAUACUAUGGAUGACGGUUAUUCAUCAACAAUAAAGAAAUGUUUCAGUUCAACAAAAUUUCAGCAUAUUCUACAUCAUGUAAUUUUAAUUCUAUUGGCUAUUUCAACAGCUCUGUCUAUCCUGCUAUUAUUAUUAGGCAUCUUUUUAAAUUGUCGUGCUUGUUUAACCACUGGAUGUAUCUUGGGUAUAGCGAGUUUCGGUGCCCUGCUACACGGAUGUCUUCGACAUCGUUCACUGCCGAAUUCAUCAAUGCCAAUCAUGCUAAGCGCAUCGUGUAUAAUCUAUCCUCCGAUAGGGGAUCAUUUAUCACUGACACCGAAUCGAUUUCUUCGGAAACAAUCUAGUCCUGAAUAUUUUCAACAAAAAUUACAACAACAAAAGUACCGUGGACAUCAGUGUCGUCUGAAAACUAUAGAUAACCCUCAUUAUUAUUAUCAUUACAAUAACAUUAAUAGUAAUUACAUUUGUAAUUGCACUAAAAACCCGACAGUUUUGAAUAAGAAGAAUUUAAAUCGGGCAAACGGAAUAAAUCAAGCACAAACCGAAAAGAUAGAAGAAACCGAAUCUUCGAACAACUCAUCACUGUCAUCAUCAACAGAAUCAGCUAUAUCGACAAUGUCAGCGUCAGUCACUACUGCAACAGUACAACCCGUAAAACACCAUGAUAAUAAUGACACUUGCAAGUCUUCUUAUGAGCAGAACAGUAACUCAUAUCCCAAGCACAAUAAAAAAGUUAAUAAACUCAAAAACUAUAUGAAAUAUAAAACUCAGGGAUCAUGUAGAUAUGCUGAAUCGUCUGCAAACAAAGAGCACCCCAUGGUGAAUAGCACUCAUUCAAACAAUGUUAAUAGUGCAUCAAAGAUGUCCAAAUCAUUCUCUCCUGCUGAAAACCAAGUACCAUUUCAAUCUACACAGUUGAAGCCACGAAGCACAAUCUUAAUGCAAGAAAUGAAGGACAAGACAGUAAACGACAAUAAUAAUAAUAAUAAUAACACGCAUUUAUCACAUAACAACCUGACACAUAUGCAUACUACUGAAAAACAAUUUCAGCAACCUUGCAGUCAAUACUACUAUUGUUUUCAUCGUCUAUCAGAUACGCCCUAUACAUGUUUUCGGUAUAAUAUUGAUAAGAAUAGUCAGAAUUGUCUAGCAGAUGCUUCUGAUAUCUCUCUAAAAUAUUAUCAUUCAUUAUUGUCUCAUUAUAAACCGGAAGUAACUGGAGGUGAAACGUUUACUUCAGUGGGGGAUUGUUUAAAUGUAUUGAAUGCAUUCAACUAUCGUGUAAAUUGUGUAAAUUGUGUAAAUAGACAAGUAAAUCACACGAAUGAUGAACAGUACAGCCGGGAUGACAACACUGGCCUAUUUGGACCAUGUGUAUGGCAAAGUUGGAAAAGUUGGGUUGACUGA